CUGCCCUUCGCUUAUGCCCUGCAAGUAGUUCAGGGGUUCAUUUCGCAUCUGCUGCGUCUUUGGGCAACCCCUCUUCGAUCAUGUGUUACCACGGCUUGACUGAGAAACACUCUGCAAAGGUACCUAGGUAAAUUCACACAGUUUGGCGAAACGAUCGUGGCAGUCUCGGUCGGGAACCCCUGACGGUCUGACCACCUUAGAAAGCAUCCUGUGGCCACACACGUGAAAUACUGUACGUGCUCUGAUCGGUCCCAGACUUGACAUUUCCUUAGCAGAAGAUCUCCCACUGGCACCGUGCGCAAAGUCUCCAAGAGCUUGGUUCGAUCAUGACAUCUUAGACUUUUGACAGGUCUCCUUAUCCCAAGCUUUCAGUGCGAAGGUCGUGAUGCGGUAUCCAACGGCGCCCAAGCUCCUCUUGUCAUGACGACGCUCGCUGCAGAGAGACCGCACAGGUGUCAAUGACUUUUGCCUACAUAGCCAAUUGCUGCAACUACUCGAUGGCAGAAUCGAAACAACGGAAACAUCAUGCAGUCUUGCUGCAAGGCUCGGGAUGGCCGAAUACACAGAAGUCAUUGUCCACUUUCAUUCGUUCCGCAGCAUGAUGUUGAGAGUCAAACUCAGUCCAUCUUCUCCUGACUUUUGGCUUGCUUAGGGUUUUUAACCCAGAUGCGUCUUCACGUAAUGCUGCGCGCUGCGCGUACGGAGCUGUGGAGCAGUCCUCGGCCAGACGAACUGGCCAGUAUGUCGCGAAACUGCCAUGUUGGUGGUACCAUCCCUACAUUACGUUUUACUCUUUCAUGGCAGGUCAUCACGCUCUCAUCGCGCUCUGUGUCCCUCCAUGCAGUGAUGUUCUUCGAUCUAUUUCGCCGAAUUGAACCUGAGACAUACCUCUUUAUAAGACUGCGAGAGGGCUUGGGAAUAAUCAGGACAUCUGGUUCCCUCGACACCCACCUGCCACGAGAUCCACACGAGAAAAUCCUGGUCCGCUCUUAGGAUGGAGACAUGGAUUUUGGUUAAUUUGAGUUCCCAGUUCACUGCGGCAGAGUAUCUCGGAACGGAGUUGCUGUGCAGUGGGAACGGGAUGUCAAUAUGGAGUGGGAAGAUACUGACGCGAGAUGCACGCUGCAGGAGUGGUCCUGAAUACGAACGUGGUGCUGAUGGCGGGCUGAAGUAUCAGGUACCUACCUAGGUAUCUUUGAGCUCUGGUCACUCUGGCCAGAAGCAUUGAAGCUGCGGCGCCCCUCUGCGGCUUCAGGCACUGGCACGGGUGGAAGCGUGGGCGAGGGAGGGGCAGGCGCGGGCGGCGAACCAAGCUUUGUAGGCGAUAAACUGGCGGCGGCCGUAGGAGUGGAUGCACGUGUCUGGCUCUGGCUUCUACGCUGUACAGCUGAGCCCUGAUGAGUGCCGCGACCACUGCCAGUGGCAGGACCGCCAAUAAUUAUUAUGGGGAAUUGAGCCUUCUCCGCACCACUAGCACCAGAAGCGGCUGAUAAGCGAUAAGGAAAAAAACUUGCCCGGAAACUCGAACUGAGACCUGCGUUCAUGUGGCUGGCGUGCCGCUUUCGACAGCCUGAAUUCGGAACGCGGUACACGACGCCAUCGUCGUCGAAGGUCUGCAUCGUUAUGCAGGAAAGUAACAAUAGCCCCCUCCUAACUGAUUUGUGUGCAAUAUGUCAUACAGACCCUAUCAAAUAUACGUGUCCACGAUGCGGGAUUCAUACCUGCUCGCUUCCCUGUGUCAAGCGUCAUAAAGCCUGGGCUCAAUGCUCCGGAAUCCGCGAUCCUGCUGCCUACAAAAAACGCUCUGAUCUCGCAACACCCAGUGCGGUCGACCAAGAUUUCAACUUUAUCACUUCCGUGGAAAGGUCGCUUCAACGCGCUGAUGAGCUAGUCUCGGACAAAGGCAUACACCUGGCACCCAGUGGCAUCGCACGGGGUAGCCAUGGCACUAAGCGAAAAUUUGAUGUCGAGGUUGAAGAGAGGGGCAUCAGGCUGAUCAAGGCUCCUCAGGGACUCUCCCGGAGCAAGCAGAACAAGUCGCAUUGGGCGGGUCAACACAAGUGUCUCAUGUGGACAACUGAGUGGCUCUACUUUGAUGGUGAAAAGAGGAUUCACAAUGUCACCGAGCUGCGAACAGUCGGGGAGGCCUUCGUGAACAUAUUUGGCAAGAAUACAAUCCGCAAAAAGCGCAAAAGGAGUGAUGCUCAAAGCACCGCUGCGCCCGUUUUACCAGCGGAAGCGCACAAUGAACACGCUCCUACAGACGCUGUGCAAGGGUCAGCUACCUCUGAAGCGAAAGAUGAGGGACUGCAGGCCGAAUCUAAGGACGACAAUCCUGCUGAGGAUGGGCAGGGAGUCGUGAAGUCAGCCGUCACGUCUGAUAAUGCCGCAGCACAGGUACCAGAGGUCUCUCAGCUAUGCCAGGACCUACAUUUCUACCUGCUCAAGCCCAAUACCGUCUCGAAACACAAAUGCUUGAUACCCGUCUCCCCGACAUCGACCCUUCAAGACGUACUUCGCGACAAGACCAUACUGGAAUUCCCAACUUUCUACAUCCGGCAAGAGGCACCUGAGAACCUGCCCGAGCCCUUCAUCACCGAAGAGAAAUACGACCAGGUCUAUGGAUCCGAAGUUACUGCUAAUCUUCCGACGUACGCUCCUCCUGAUAACCUGGACGAAACUGAAAAAGUGUCGUCUCUUCCCAAUAUCGACGAGAAGACAGUGUUAGAAGUGCUUCAGAAAGAUCUUGCAGGCUGAACACUGAAUUUCUAUCAAAUUCCUCACGCCAGUUUGCCUGGCACAAAAGGAUGACCAGCGCUGAGACCGCCACACACAGCCCAGGCUUGGCCGUUAACAUAACUCGCCUCAUCACUACCCAAAAAGAGAGCGGCGCGAGCCACCUCAUCUGGCACGGCGCCUCGUUGCAAAGGAUUUAGCUGACCGAUCUUCCUCUCAGUACCUCGGCUGCGAGCCUGGUCAUACAUUGGCUUGGUCAUUCCCGUCUCUAUCACUCCAGGACACAAAGCAUUGACCCUCACCCCCGUACCAGCCAGCUGAUAAGCCAUGGUCUGCGCCAGGGAAACCACAGCAGCCUUGCUUGCCGAAUAAUCGGUUCCGCCAGCGUUGGACCUCAGUCCAGCGACAGAUGCUGUUCCGAUAAUGCUUCCUCCGGAAUACUUCUUUUCAGGACCCGUCUUCUGCAUGGCGAUAGCAGCGUAUUUGGCACAGAGGAACACGCCCAGAGUGUUAACACGCAUUGUAGCCAUAAACUUGUCGGCCGUGAUGUGCUCGAAUGUGUUGGGCACUCCCACCACCCCAGCGUUGGCAAACAUGAUGUCCAAUCGGCCGUAUUUCGCUAUGGCAUCAUCCACCACUGCUUUCACCUGCUCUUCAUCGCCAACGUCCAGUUUCACAGGAUGAACUUUGCAUUCAGGGUAGAGCGACUCCAUUUCCCGCUUGUGCGUCUCCAGGUAUUGAUCUGCCCAGUCGCAGAUGAACACCGCCUUUGCGCCAUUUUGGGCAUAUUGAUGUGCUGCAGCGCGGCCGAUUCCGAGGGGUGAGUUACAACCUACAAUCAGAGACAGUUGUCAGUAUGUGGCUGCACAGACUAUAUCCACCGCUGUCGCCUGCAACUGUUCCAGGCCCAACAGAACAUACCAGUCACAAUGACGACUUUUCCCUUUACCCUCGGUCCAGUAGACGACUCUGCAACAUGUCUGAUACGCGGGAUAUCCUCGAACGUGCCCUCGGAGGGGAUGCCCUCCACAAGCUGCCUUGACAACGCGGCCAAGCGUCGUUUAGGAGCGGCCGUCAUUGUAUAACAAGUUUCGCGGCGAUGAUUGUCUGUCGUCUUCAGAGGUGGUGUUCAGUUCGCAGCCCGCCGGUAGAGAGGUCGACGCGGAGCUGAGUUUCUUGUUGUCAAUUGGCAAGUUUCAAGAUUAAGUAGAAACGAGAAGUCUAACAGUUCACAAUGCAAGUACAACCUCUACAUUCCGAA